AUGGUCCCCGAGCCCGGCCCUGCCAGCAACAGCACCCCGGCCUGGGGCUCGGGGCCGCCGUCGGGGCCCGCGGGCAGCGGCUGGGUGGCGGCCGCGCUGUGCGUGGUCAUCGCGCUGACGGCGGCGGCCAACUCGCUGCUCAUCGCGCUCAUCUGCACGCAGCCGGCGCUGCGCAACACGUCCAACUUCUUCCUGGUGUCGCUCUUCACGUCGGACCUGAUGGUGGGGCUGGUGGUGAUGCCCCCGGCCAUGCUGAACGCGCUGUACGGGCGCUGGGUGCUGGCGCGCGGCCUGUGCCUGCUCUGGGCCGCCUUCGACGUCAUGUGCUGCAGCGCCUCCAUCCUCAACCUGUGCCUCAUCAGCCUGGACCGUUACCUGCUCAUCCUCUCGCCGCUGAGCUACAAGCUGCGCAUGACGCCCCCGCGCGCCCUGGGGCUCGUCCUGGGCGCCUGGAGCCUGGCGGCGCUCGCUUCCUUCCUGCCGCUGCUGCUGGGCUGGCACCAGCUGGGCCGCGCGCGGGCCCCUGCCCCGGGCCAGUGCCGCCUGCUGGCCAGCCUGCCCUUCGUCCUCGUGGCGUCGGGCCUCACCUUCUUCCUGCCCUCCGGCGCCAUCUGCUACACCUACUGCAGGAUCCUGCUGGCCGCGCGCAAGCAGGCGGUGCAGGUGGCCUCCCUCACCACGGGCACGGCCGGCCAGGCCUUGGAGACGCUGCAGGUGCCCAGGACCCCACGCCCAGGGAUGGAGUCAGCCGAUAGCAGGCGUCUGGCCACCAAGCACAGCAGGAAGGCCUUGAAGGCCAGUCUCACACUGGGCAUCCUGUUGGGCAUGUUCUUUGUGACCUGGUUGCCCUUCUUUGUGGCCAACAUAGUCCAGGCUGUGUGCGACUGCAUCUCCCCAGACCUCUUCGAUGUGCUCACGUGGCUGGGUUACUGUAACAGCACCAUGAACCCCAUCAUCUACCCACUCUUCAUGCGGGACUUCAAACGGGCCCUGGGCAGGUUCUUGCCAUGUCCCCACUGCCCCAGGGAGCGCCGGGCCAGCCUUGCCUCACCCUCUAUGCGAACCUCUCACAGCGGCCCCCGGCCAGGCCUGAGCCUGCAGCAUGUGUUGCCACUGCCUCUGCCACCUGACUCCAAUUCUGACUCAGGCUCGGGUUCCGGUGGCUCCUCAGGCCAGCAGCGCACGGCCCAGCCCCUGCUGCCUAGAGAGGCCCCCCGGGAGCCCCCGCCCUCCACCAGGGUUGCAGCUGUAGUCAAUUUCUUCAACAUCGAUCCUGUCGAGCCCCAGCUGCAGCUGCACCCACUUGGCGCUCCCACGAACUGACACGGGCUUGGAGCUGGUCAGUGGAGCGCUGGACUAGAUGGGAUGAAGUCCCCAAAGGCCUUGGACCAGCUCUUGGCUAAGGCUGGGAGGCUGCAGGUCUCCUGGGAGCCCUCUGAGUUCCAGUGGGGUGCACUGACCCAGCCCCCACUGCCCGCCCACUGGGAAAACAGCUGGCUCAGAUAAAAUUUUCUCCAGGAUGCUCUUGCUGAGUGUGACCUGUGGGUGUGUGUGGAGGUGGCUGGAGGGCUCUGGCAGAGGGGAAAAGGACCUCUCGGUUCAA